GACAGCAAAAUGGCGGGAAGUUUCGAGCUUGUCGACGAAAAGGAGCUGCUUCUCUAUGGACGCGAUCGAGGGGAACCUCUUCGCCGUCGGAGGGGACGAAGACCACGAGGACACCAGCAUUCUGUCCUCGGUUGAACGGUUUGAUCCCAUACAGAACCUGUGGUGGCCCUGCUCGGAAAUUCCCGACGGUCGCCGCUGCCAGGCCUCCUGCGUUUACAACAACCGUCUGUACGUGUCGGGCGGGUGGAUCAAACGCACGGAGGCCGCCUUCUCUCUGACACUGAACGUGAACAUGUCCUGCGUCCCGACCAUGUCGGCUACGGUCUACUGCUACGAGCCGCUCACGGACAUGUGGUCGGAGAGGAGCGCCAUGCACGUGGCCAGGUUCUCCCAUGCCAUGGAGGUGUACAGUGGCAGGAUCUUCGCCAUAGGAGGCUACACGUCGCUCUCGCGGACCCAUAACGAGCCGUUAGACGUUGUGGAGUGCUACAGUCCGGAGCAGGACCAGUGGAGCUUCAUAGAGCCUCUCAGAGUACCGGCUGGCAUGUGCAGCGCUGUGGUCGUGGAGGGAAAAAUCACCGUCCUCGGGGGUGACCAGAGUACCUUUUCUGGUGAGAUGAAUUACGUCAGCAAAGUUCAAGUGUACGACGAGUCGGCCCGUGAGUGGACGGUGAGUACCACCCUCCGGUACCCCGGCCCCGUGCCCGCGCACAAGAUGAUGGUUCCCGGCUCCUUCAUAGAGCCGUUCAGGGUGGAGAAGCAUCUAGCCGACCAAGUGGGGCCCAUCGGAGGAGCCAGUCGGACGUUUUGAUGACACUCUUUACACUUCAUCCAUACACAGAUGUUUUUUUCACCUCGGUGAAAACAUAACCACGACGUUUCUGCAGUACAUUGCUGAUGUACA